CGUUCUCAGCCACUAAUUCCUGGUCAGCCUGUGGUUCCCCCUAUGUCUCUUCAACAAGUGAAAUCGGAAAAACCUUCAACGUUGCAGAGGUCUCAAGAAACAGUCAUUCGAGAGUUGCAGCCACAACAGCAGCCUCGGACUAUUGAGCGGAGAGAUCUGCAGUACAUUACUAUCAGCAAGGAAGAACUGUCCUCUAGUGAUAGCCUCUCUCCAGAUCCCUGGAAACGGGAUGCUAAGGAGAAGCUGGAGAAGCAGCAACAGAUGCACAUUGUGGACAUGCUGAGUAAAGAGAUUCAGGAACUUCAGAACAAGCCUGAUCGUACAGCAGAAGAAAAUGACCGCCUCCGCAAACUCAUGCUUGAGUGGCAGUUCCAAAAGCGACUUCAAGAAUCAAAGCAAAAGGAUGAAGAUGAUGAUGAAGAGGAGGACGAUGAUGUGGAUACUAUGCUUAUCAUGCAGCGACUGGAGGCAGAAAGAAGAGCAAGGUUACAGGAUGAAGAACGCAGACGGCAGCAACAGUUGGAAGAAAUGCGCAAACGAGAAGCGGAAGAUAGGGCCAGGCAGGAAGAAGAGCGCCGACAGCAAGAGGAGGAGCGGACCAGAAGAGAGGCUGAAGAAAAGAGGCGACAGGAAGAGGAGUAUUACAGUCGCUUAGAGGCUGAAAGGCGCAGGCAGCACGAUGAAGCAGAACGAAGAUUACUGGAACCUGACGAGCCUGGUCUGUACAGACCUCCGCUUCCACGGGAAUAUGAACUCCCAUCCCCAACCCCUUCAUCUAACGCUCCUCCUCCCCCACCUCAGCGAAACACCUCUUACCUCAAAACACAGGUCCUCUCCCCUGACACGAUUUAUACUGCCAAGUUUGUUGCAUACAAUGAUGAUGAUGAGGAGGAGGAGGAUUCCAAUCUAGCAGGUCAGGAUAAGUACUCCAGCACAAGAAAAUCUUAUGGUGACUUUCCUCCUGCCACCCUUAAGCCACAGCAGCCCUCCCGCCAGCCUCGCCCAGUUUCAGAUGGCCUCUUUCUUUCCAACUCAUUCCAGUCAUCUCCAGUCAAUGCCAACAGUACUGCUGCCAAAAAAAGCCAGCCCCCACCCCCACCAAACAAACUGAGUUUCAUCCAUGCCAGCAGCUCUAAAGGAAUAAAUUCAUACACUGGAUCUACAGGAGCAGCUGUUGGGGCCCAUGAAGUUUAUCGGGAUCCAAGAGACAAAAGAUCUAAAAGUCAAGAUACAGAUUUACCUGGAGCACCAGAAAACUUGACGUUCAGGGAACGCCAACGACUUUUUUCACAGGGUCAGGAUGUAUCCAAUAAAGUGAAAGCUUCUAGGAAAUUAAUGGAACUGGAAAAUGAGUUGAACACAAAAUAAGAUUAAAGCACCUUAUCAGAUGUAACCGAAGAUCUCUAAAGUGAGGGAUUGAGAUGGGGGGCACACUACUAAUGAACAGAAAAUGAAUGUUUUCUGAAAGGAGUGACUUUAAUUCCUCUAUAUCUAAGACUGUUAAUUAAGAUUUAGAGAUGUUGCAAUAGCAAGAAAACUGAUUACUUUGCCAGGAGCUUGUGGUUUAUACAAUGAAAGCACUGUAAAAUUUUAAAGAUAUGAAUCACGUGAAGGUAACUUUUUCUUUCUUUCUGUUUUGGGGGUUAAGUUCUUGUGCACCAGACCAAGUAGCACUUGUCAAAGAUAAGUUCUGUUUCCUGGUGUUCUACAGACACACUUUUGUUUUAGCUGCUGAGCAGAGAGAGUGAGAAUAGCUUGAACUGCCUAAACUAAACUGUGCACUAGAAAGUAGUAUUUUAAAUUGUUUGAUAAGAAGCCAAUAUCUGGGCCA